UCUAAUGUUCCUAUCUACCGCUUCCGUGCAUUUUUAUAGCCAGCUGCCAGUCCUCUUCCUUUAAAUGCCAUGCACAUUAGAGAGAUCUAGACAGAAACAGAGGGAGAAUGAUGGAAGACGAAGUGCUGCUUCACUCAAGACCUUCACCUGUGCCAGCUUUCUGCUGGGACGAGGGGAAGCCCUAUGUUGGGGGGGAAUUCAGUUCAUGCUUGAAUGCAAGAGAGAAUAAGCUGGUCUGUGUGACUGAUGGGAACUCGUUCUUGGGUUCUCAUAUAGUCAAGGAGCUCCUAUCUCGUGGCUACCUUGUUCGAGUCACUAUCCAAAACCAAGCAGUGGAUUUUGAGGACUUGAAAGGGCAGAUGAAAGAAGACGACAUGAAUAAACUAGAGAGUGUUGUAGUGGCAAAGAUGAAAGACAUGGAAAGUCUUUGUGAUGCAUUUAGAGGUUGUCAUGCAGUUUUUCACACCUCUUCCUUUGUUGAUCCACACGGGAUCUCAGGUUAUUCAGAACAAAUGGCAUUCCUUGAAACUGAAGGCGCGAGGAAUGUUAUUGAAGCAUGUAGUAGGGCAGCAUACAUAAGGAGAUGUAUCUUCACCUCUUCUCUUCUUGCUUCCAUCUGGACUUCUUCCAAUUUGGACAGGGUUGUUGAUGAGAGUUGUUGGAGCAGUGAAGAAUUUUGCAGAGAAAAUAAGCUUUGGCUUGCUUUGGGUAAGGUGAGAGCAGAAGAGAUUGCUUGGAGAAAGUCAAAAGAAUUGAAAGUGAGACUCGUAACUGUUUGUCCUGGCCUUCUCAUAGCUACAUCGUUCCCCCAUGCUCACAAAGAAACCUCUAUACCAUAUCUUAAAGGUGGUCCAAUCAUGCUACGACAGGGCCUCCUAGGAUUAUCAGAUGUGAGGAAGGUGGCAGAAGCACAUGUCCAUGUUUAUGAAGCUAUGGAUAAUGGAGCUUGUGGACGAUAUAUAUGCUUUGAAAGAGUAGUACAGAGAUUGGAUGAGGCCAUUCAACUUGAAAAUGAAUUGAAUAUACAAGGUCUGGUGUCAGGAGGAAGAAGUGGAAUCUUAUCAGAAGAAAUACACAGCAAUCUAAGUAAUUCGAAGCUUGCCAGAUUGUUACAUCAGGCAUCUCAAAUCUCUUGCAAUCAAUGAAACAGAAGUCAGCAUUCCCUGUAUACA